CGUUUUCGAGAUUCUCUGACAAAUAAACAAGAAUCUGACAAAUAAAGGAUUAAAUCUCGUUUCAUAUUCAAUAGUUUGAGAAAGACUAUACGUUUUAAGUAAGAUUUUCAACAAAGAUUACUAAUAACAAUGAGAUCUAUUCAUAGGAGAAAGUGAAGGUGAAAAUUGCAGCAUCAUUCAGUUUAUAUUCACACACUUUCUUCUUUGUUUGUUUACUUGCUAAUAGGAAAAAAACGGUAUCUAAGCAGACCGGCGAUAACAUCGUUACAGAAAGUUGUGAGAGCAGACAGAUACACGGUACAGAAAAUAUUGUGGUUGUAUUACAUUCGGAAUAGUAUGUACAAUAGGGAAAAUAGGCUGAAAAAACUAGAAAAUAUAGGAGUCAGGACGACGAAUGAACAGGCGGAUUUCUGAUAAUGAGUCAUGAAAACGGUUGAAAUAUAAAUUGUAGGGCAAACGGUAGGUCUUUCAAAAAUUGAAAAAGAUGCGAACACAUGAAUAAAUCUAUCGGAUAAAAGUCUAACGUGUUUACAAGUUUUGCGCAAACGAGAAUUCUCGAGGCAUGAAUUAUGAAUUGCCUCAAAAUUCGAGUAAAUAGUCCACGGCUCAGUAAGAGAUACAUUAUCUGGAAAAGAGAACUUUGACACAAAUUUUAACCAAUAAGACAUAACUCAAUCGGUGAGAGUGUGCUUUUUGCCGGUCAGUGAAUAAAACAAAUGAGAAUCCAAAUGUAAACAACCAUAAAUCCGAUGUCAAUAAAAUGUGUAUGAGUUACAGAGUUUGGGUUGUUAUGCAUCAGUAAAAUAAAGAAAUAACGAGGCGUGUCAAUAUUCAUUUUUAUUUUUAGUUUUCUCAUUCAACCAACCAAAAUUUUGUCCAACAGUAGCUUGGAAUCCAUUCGGAAUUACUUUUGCUAAUCAAACAACAAUUGGAGAAAAACCUCGCGCCAUUUUCAUCAAUACGAACAAUACAAUUUAUGUUUAUGCAAACAGACAAAUUUUAGUGUCGCAUGAGGGUCAUAUCAAUCCAACAAAGAUCAUUCCCAUCAACUCUUCGACUUCACAUUCUAUUUUGGUUACAACGAAUGGUGAUAUUUAUAUUGAUAAUGAUGAAGUUGUUCUUAAAUGGAUAUCAAAUAAAAACACAUUUGACACUGCUAUGAAGGGUAUAUCACAAUGUUAUGGUUUGUUUGUCGAUAUCAACGAUACUCUGCACUGUUCAAUGCGUAACCUUCACCAAGUUGUGAAAAGAUGGAUGAGUGAUUCUGUUCUGACACCGACUAUCGUAGCUGGGACAAAUAGAUCAGGAUCUGCUCCGAAUGAGCUUAAUACUCCUCAUGGAAUCUUUAUUGAUGUGAACGUUGAUUUAUAUGUGGCAGAUUGUCGAAAUGAUCGAGUUCAAUUGUUUCAAUUAGGACAAUCAAUUGGCAUCACAGUAGCUGGAAAUGGAUCACCAAAUCCCACAAUUUCACUUUCAUGUCCAACUGGAAUUGUAUUAGAUGCUCAGAAAUAUUUAUUCAUUCUGGAUUCUUGGAAUCGUCGUAUUGUUGGAUCAGGACCAAAUGGUUUUCGAUGUUUAGUUGGAUGUCAUGGACGUGGUUCACAAUCCCAUCAAUUGUUGUUCCCGCUCAGUCUUAGUUUCGAUCGUUCGGGUAACAUGUUUGUAACUGAUAUGAACAAUGAUCGAAUUCAAAAAUAUUUGUUGAAAAAGUCUUGUGUAAUGUUUCAGGGUGGCGAUGUGAAAAUCUGGUUGAAAGGUAAGUUUGGUUCUGAACGUGUCCAGUGA